CGUCGCCGCGCCCCGGCCGCCGCCUGGCUCCCCUCCUGCCUCUGGAAGGGCAGGGCUGUUCAGAUGCUUGGCGGGAAAAUAAGAGGAGGGGAGGGCGGAUUAUAGCAGUAUAAAAGCUCACUCGCUGUAGUAGUUCCAGCGAGAGGCAGAGGGAGCGAGCGGGCGGGCCCUUGAGGGUGGAAGAACAGAGGGAGCUGAGCAAGCACAGUCGCUCUCCGGGCGCCCGGAGAAGGGAGACCCGGAGUGAAAGGGGGCCUUCGCCUCCGGCCCAGCCGCCCCCACCCCACCCUUCCCGCCGACCCCUGCCAGCAGUGCGCAACCCCCGCCACAUCCACGAAACUUUGCCCAUUGCAGCGGGCGGGCACCCUCCACUGGAACUUACAACACCCGAGCGAGAACUCGACUCUCCGGACGCGGAGAGGCUAUUCUGCCUAUUUGGGGAGACACUUUUCCCCGCCACUGCCCACAACCCGCUCCUCUGAAAGGCGCUCCUCGCCGCUUUUCGGACGCUGGAUUUCCUUCAGAUAGUGGAAAACCCGGCUGCCGCGAUGCCCCUCAACGUCAGCUUCGCCAGCAGGAACUAUGACCUCGACUACGACUCGGUGCAGCCCUAUUUCUACUGCGACGAAGACGAGAACUUCUACCAGCAGCAGCAGCAGAGCGAGCUGCAGCCCCCGGCUCCCAGCGAGGAUAUCUGGAAGAAAUUCGAGCUGCUGCCCACCCCGCCCCUGUCCCCGAGCCGCCGCUCCGGGUUCUGCUCGCCCUCCUAUGUCGCGGUGGCGUCCUUCUCUCCCAGGGGAGACGACGACGGCGGCGGCGGCAGCUUUUCCACGGCCGACCAGUUGGAGAUGGUGACCGAGCUGCUGGGAGGAGAUAUGGUGAACCAGAGCUUCAUCUGCGACCCGGACGACGAGACCUUCAUCAAAAACAUCAUCAUCCAGGACUGUAUGUGGAGCGGCUUCUCGGCCGCUGCCAAGCUGGUCUCAGAGAAGCUGGCCUCCUUCCAGGCUGCGCGCAAAGACAGCGGCAGCCCGAGCCCCGCCCGCGGGCCCGGCGGCUGCUCCACCUCCAGCUUGUACCUGCAGGACCUGAGCGCCGCCGCCUCCGAAUGCAUCGACCCCUCCGUGGUCUUCCCCUACCCGCUCAACGACGGUAGCUCGCCCAAGCCCUGCGCCUCCCCCGACUCCACCGCCUUCUCUUCGUCCUCGGACUCUCUGCUCUCCUCGGCCGAGUCCUCCCCGCGGGCCAGCCCCGAGCCCCUGACGCUCCACGAGGAGACACCCCCCACCACCAGCAGCGACUCUGAAGAAGAACAAGAGGAUGAGGAAGAAAUUGAUGUUGUUUCUGUGGAAAAGAGGCAGCCCCCUGCCAAAAGGUCAGAAUCGGGGUCACCCUCUGCAGGAGGCCACAGCAAACCUCCUCACAGCCCCCUGGUCCUUAAGCGAUGCCACGUGUCCACCCACCAGCACAAUUACGCAGCUCCCCCCUCCACUAGGAAGGACUAUCCUGCCGCCAAGAGGGCUAAGUUGGACAGUGGCAGGGUCCUGAAACAGAUCAGCAACAACCGGAAAUGUACCAGCCCCAGGUCUUCGGACACAGAGGAGAAUGACAAGAGGAGGACACACAACGUCCUGGAACGCCAGAGGAGAAAUGAGCUGAAAAGGAGCUUUUUUGCCCUGCGAGACCAGAUCCCUGAGUUGGAAAAUAAUGAAAAAGCUCCUAAAGUAGUUAUCCUUAAAAAAGCCACCGUAUUUAUCUUGUCAGUCCAGGCAGAGGAGCAGAAGCUCGUUUCAGAAAAGGAUUUACUGAGGAAGCGACGAGAACAUUUGCAGCUUAAACUUGAACAGCUACGGAACUGUUGAGCAUAGAUUGACCUAUUGGAAGAAAGAACUGGAAUUGCUCAUGAAUUCUCACUUGUUACUAAGAGAAAGUAAGGAAGAAAGUUCCUUAGGACAGAAUUGCAGCAAUUCCUGACUGAACUUUUUUCCAAAUGCAUGGUCAAAUGUAACCUCACAACCUUGGCUGGGUCUUGGGACUGAAAGGUUUAGCCAUAAUGUAAACUGCCUCAAAUGGAACUUAGAGCAUAAAAGAACGUUUUUUAUGCUUGCCAUUUUUUUUUCCUUUAGCAGAUUUGUAUUUAAGAGUUGUUUUUAAAACAUGCUAAAAUUUACCCCAAUUUUCCUGUGUAAAUAUGGCCAUUAAAUGUAAAUAAUAAAACGUUUAUAGCAGUUAUGCAAAACUUCAAACCCUGUAUUAUAAACCAUAAUUUUUUUUAUUUAAGUACAUUUUCCUUUUUAAAGUUGAUUUUUUUCUAUUGUUUUUAGAAAAAAAUAAAAUACGUGGCAAAUAUAUAAUUGAGCCAAA